AUGUCUCAAUUUCCACAUCCCGUCUUGGACGCCACCCCGUUCAAAGAAUACGCCCCUAAUGACAAUGUCGAUGUGAUUGUGGUCGGCGCUGGCCUCAGCGGGCUCAAAGCAGGUUACGAAGUACAGCAAUCGGGGUUGAGCUGUCUUAUAAUUGAAGCGCGUGAUCGAGUUGGCGGAAAGACUUGGAGUGUCGAUCCUUUAGGCAAGGGCUUCGGCGUGGAUGUUGGAGCAGCAUGGAUCAACGACACAACGCAAGCAAAGGUCUACGAGCUGACUCGCUUUCUUGGUCUGGAAACCGUUUUCCAGAAUACCAAAGGAAAUGUUUUGCAGGAGGAUCUAGGUAUGGACCUCUGCUCGUUUUCAUACGGCAGCGUUCCCGAGAAGCUCGCCGAGUCCGGCGGUGUCGAUAAUAUGGUGUACAUCCGCGACCUGGCCGAGAAAGUGUGUCAGACGCUCGACAUUCAUGACCCAGUGGGAUCCGGCGGGGACCUCGACAAGUAUACCCUGAGAGAGUGGGCGGAACGGAAUGGGGCAGGUAGAACUGCUAUCGCGUCCGUUUCUGUCUGGACCAGAGCUAUGCUUGGCCUCGAGCCGUCUGAUGUUAGUGCGCUGUUCUUUCUCAAUUACCUAAAGAGUGGCGGAGGUCUCAUGAGAAUGAGAUCUGACUCCAAAGAUGGCGGUCAAUAUAUGAGAUUGGUAAAAGGCACCCAAUCUCUCUCGAUCGGACUCGCUGGUCUCCUCCAGCCAGGCUCGCUGAUUUUGAACUCGCCCGUACUUGAAAUCAACCAAAACUUCUACGGCGCAACCGUCGUAACUGGCCGUGGAACAUUUACAAGUCGCAAGGUCAUCGUGUCAGUCCCAACACCACUUUACAAAGAGAUUAGUUUCUCCCCACCCUUGCCGUACGCGAAACAACAGUUGAGCUCCGCAAACAUCCUAGGAUAUACGUGCAAGGUGAUGAUCCUGUUCGCCGAGCCAUGGUGGCGAAGCAAGAACUUCACAGGUGUUUUACAAUCGUUUGAAGGCCCUAUCUCCGUCACCCGAGACAGCAGCGUGGACUCAAAAGGCCACUACUCAAUGACCUGCUUCGUCGUGGGAAAACCUGGCGUCGAAUUGUCAAAGAAGUCCCAACAAGACCGGUUCGCGGCAGUGUUGGAACAGCUGAAUCGAUGCUUCGGGCCUUCGAUGGGGGGCAGCAUUCCUGAACCGCUUGCCAUGACGGAACAUGAAUGGGCCAAGGACCACUGGGCUCAAGGCUGCCCUUGCCCGGCAGCACCACCUGGAGCCAUGACAAAGUUCGGUCACGCGUUGAGGACACCGCAUGCGAAUGUACACUUUGUGGGCACGGAGACUGCGUUCGAGUGGAAGGGCUAUAUGGACGGUGCCAUCCGGUCUGGCGAGAGAGGCGCGAGGGAAGUGGUUUCGGAACUCAGCAAGGCCAAGUUAUGA